AUGGGGUAUCGGGGGUAUUGGCAAGACCACAGUUGCCAAGGCUCUAAUGUCCGCACCACUGCUGCAGAUGCCAUAGGCGUUACAAAUUUGCAGAAACAGAUUCUUAAGGAUUCAACCAAAAAGGAUGAAACAGUGGACAAUGUUGAUAAGGGUAUAUCUUUGUUCAAGGAUCGUUUAGGAGGAAAACGUGUGAUGCUAAUUUUGGAUGAUGUGGAUUCUGUUGGACAAUUGAACGCUUUGGUUGGGGAUUGGCUAGCCCCUGGCAGCAGAAUUAUUAUUACUUCCAGAAACAUACACAUUCUCAAUGUUGCUCAUGUGCCAUCUGAAUGCAUCCAUGAGAUAAGUGGGUUGGAGAUAAAUGAGGGUCUUCAAUUAUUUAGUUGGCACGCCUUUCUAAGAGCAUAUCCAACUCCCAAUUACAAAGAUAUCUCCACAAAAAUAGUGGAAGCUUAUAAGGGGCAUCCUCUUUCAUUGGAAGUGAUUGGAUCUUUUUUGCAUGAUAAGCAAAAUAAUGAAGGUUGCUGGACAGAAGCGCUUCAAAACAUCAUCCUCCACCCAGAAAUUCACGACAGACUCUACAUCAGCUAUAGUGAUCUUAGUAAUACUGAAAAGGAGAUAUUUGUCGACAUCGCUUGA